AUACUUCCAGCAAAAAUGGCCAGUGGAAACAUAGUUGUCAUGCCCUCUAAAGGAGCGAACAUCCAAACAGCCUCUGGUUUGUCCAAUGUUGGUCUUCAGGCAUCUGAAGCAAUUCCAUAUCCUCAGCCUGGAGCUCAGCAACUUGGUGCUUCCACCAGCGCUCCUCAGCAAGUCCCCCAAAAGAGUCCUUUGCAGGAUUUCCUCAAUGCUGAGACCAAAGUACUUGGGGCUGUCCAAAUUAUGAUUGGGUUGCUGCACAUUGGUUUUGGGACUGUCGUAAUUAGUCUUCCUUCUUCCAAUGCUGGUGUGACUACAAUUGCAGGUUACCCCUUUUGGGGAGGGGUAUUUUUCAUUUCUUCUGGAUCAUUAUGUAUAACAGCUGUAAACAAUCGAAAUCGUGCUUUGGUGAAAUCCAGUGUAGGAAUGAACAUCACAAGUGCUAUCAUGGCAUUAAUAGGUAUCCUGAUAUGUAUAGCUGACCUGGCCGUAACUUCUUCUGGAGAUCAGAGUUUAUCUCAGACUUACAAGAUAAAAAAUGCCAUUGACUCUGGCCUCUCCGGUAUGCUGCUCUUGUUCAGUCUGCUGGAAUUUUGUAUCACUGUUUCAUUUGCACAUUUUGGGUGCCAGACAAAUUGCUGUACUGAUAACCAGCCAACCUUGGUUUUUGUGCCUUACCAAGUCAACAGAGAUGCAACAGUCGCAUGUGAACGCAAUCAACGUUUUCCACCAGCCUAUGAUAAUGUGAUUACUCAGCCAUAG